AUGAAGCAAUUCAACUAUGCUAGGCCAAACCGUUCAGCUUAUAGCUUUUUAUAUUUUGGAUUAUCUGUGGAAGAGGCACAACAGGCAGCCCGCAGGUCAAGGAUAACAAAGGUGGUUGCUGUACCCUUUAUUACGACUUUCUUUUCUCCUUGUUGGUUCUAUUUGUUAGAGGCCACUUUUCAUCCAUCAGAAACAGUUCAGAGCUUGGUUGAUGAUCUCCUCACGAAAGUAGUUGCUCGACCAGAAUUACCCUUCUACAUAUAUGCUGCUCCUCCUAAGAAGCAGAUAAAAGACACGUCACAGGAUUUUUACUCUGCUGGCUUUGUUCCUAGUGUAAUUGCGUAUUUUUCAUAUGAUAUACCAAAAGCAGAUGAUGCUUCAGAUACCAAGUCAGGUCCCUUCCUUCAGGAAGAGAUCAUGUCUUUGAAAGGUUUGGAACUCCUCACUAAGCAUGCAGAGCCUGUUGAGUCUGCCCUUGAAACGAUACCAGAGGCAUCACCUCCAGUUGUUCAAGAGAAGAAGCCUGCCGAGAAAAAACCUGUAAAGCCAAAGCGGCUGAAAUUGUGA